AUGGAUCUCGUCAAGCCUAUCACAUCUGAUCAUGAUCUCAUCGAACUUGCCAAGCGUAUUGGGGUGCAUCUCGAUGAAAUAUUUGAGUCAAACGAGAUCGCAAAGCCACUUCCGAAGAAAGGUUCAUACCUGGUUCUACUUAAACCGCCUAAUCUCGAUGUAGGACACUGGACGGCUGUUCAUAAUGGAGAAUAUUUUGAUAGCAUGGGAGAAGCGGCGCCUACUAAGUAUGGGGUCGGGCGAUAUAAUCCCAAACAAUAUCAAGGGAAUAUAGCAAUCAUGUAUCGUGAAUUAACGAUUUCCAGCGACGUUCCAGCUCCCAAGCUGACUAAAGCCCUCAAGACAGGUAAGCUAAGUCUUACAUCUGAUCAACUCAAGGGUUCAGGCUCUGUUAUCCAUCUCCACCCAGCUUCGUAUGAGAAAGCGCUAAAGGCACGCAAGGCAGGUCGUGGUGUUAGACUUGACAUUACCAGACACGAGAUCAAGAAAGGUUACAAGAAACUCCAAGGGGGAUCCAUUUGGAGUAAAAUCAAAUCUGGGUUAUCAACAGCAUUCAAAUUUGUAAAAGACAGCGGAUUGCUUUCAAAGGGAUUAGACGCGGCGGUUCCGGCUCUUGCGACAGCGUUUGGAGCCCCUCAAGCAGGAAUCCCCGCAAGAGCAGCUAUUAAGUCAUUGACAGGGGUUGGAGUAUAUGACUCUGACAGCGAUGUAGAGAAAGAAGGUGGCCGUAUUUCGGUAGCGGAUGUUAAGAAGGCGGCAAAGAAUGCACUAUCCUACGCUAAGCGAAAGGGGCUUCUAACCGAUGCGGUCGAUGCAGGUAAAAAGUUUUUACUAUCAAAGGCAAGCAAACCGGAACAUGAAACUCUAAUCAAGUCAGUGCGAGGUGAGGUAAAGAGACGUUAUGGUGUGGGAGUUUCUAAGAAACCAGCUAAAGGCAGUCCUGAAAUGAAGGCUAAAAUGGCCGCUUUGCGUGCUAAACGGCGAGGGGGAAGUUUUCGGUUAUGA